UCUGUUCUUAACCUAAAACUUUUUCAACAGGAUUUUGCUUUAACGUGCCAUUAAAUCAUGGAAAUAACCAUCACAAUGUUAAACGGGAACUCAUGCACUCUGAUGGUGCAGCCUCAGGAGAACGUGGGCUCUCUGAGGCAGCGCAUCCAUCAGAAACUGAAUGUAACCCCCGAGAGACAGAGACUGGUGUUUGACAAUGGGCAGAGGAAGGAUUUGAGCGACAACUCCCAGAACAUAGCAUUCUACGGUCUGCGUUCUGGCUCCAAAGUGUCCUUGCUGGUGAUCGAACCGGUCACCAUUCAGGUAUUUCUGAAGAACGUCAAAAACGUGGUCAGCGCCUACGACAUCACACCUGACGAGACAGUGGCCAACUUUAAGCGCAGGGUGCAGCACAGAGAAGGCGUGGCAGAGAGUCAGCAGAGGCUGGUGUUCCAAGGCCAGGAGAUGACGCAAGGAAAACUGUCUGAUUACAACGUCCAAGCUCUGAGCACCAUUGAGCUGUUACUGCGUCUGAGAGGAGGCAGAGGACACACCGUCAUUGGCUGAUAAUAGAUCAAUGUAUAUGUGGAUUUUUUUUUAUUUCUCUCUGGUUAAGGUUAAUGUUGUGUGAGUUUUAUGUCAAAAUAAAGUUGUAAUGUUGUAACGUCUAUGCACAACCUAGUUUUUAAUUAAUUCAGAUUACACAUUCAAAGACUAAAACUCUCUCACUCUCUCUCUGGCCCAGGUUUCACAAUAACUAAAGAAUAAAUUGUCUCUAAGUGUCAAUAGAUGUUUUGUUAAUUGUAUUAUUUAACCCCUGUCCAAACAAUGUAAAAUUUCAGAAAUUAGUCAAUGAAUUUGUUAACAGUAAAGACAAGAGCAGUGAAGUAAGUAUUACACAACAUAUCACACAUGCUUCACUGAGAAAUGGUCAUUAGGAAAUUGGUCAUUUACUUAUUCAAUAUUUGGUUUGAAGUUGUCCAAUUAAACCCAAUGUCAAAGAACUUACCCUAAUCCUGCAUGUUUUUAGCAAACACCACCUAGAUAGACAUUAGUUACCACUAGUGAUCUUUGUUGCUUUGAGGCAAGAUCAUGGACAUCCAUCUUUGACCAUAUGGACCACAACCUUUUAAUAAUAAUAAAAAAAACAUUAUCAAUGA